CUCUCUCUCUCACUCGCUCUUUCUCUCCACAAUAGGAGGACACUUCUUUAUUGACUGCUUGCUGUCUCUGAAUCUUCUUCCCUCAUUCCAUUCUCAAAAAGCAAAGCGAAUUCCGGAAAUUCGGCAUGGAUUCCACAAAGAAGGAAGGUUUGCCACUAAUCGAUCCCUCCAAAACUGAACUCCGCCAUGAAACAGCCGUCGCCUCAGCCAUGUCCAACAAAGGAGCGCACGCUGCUCUUGGCUACAUGGUCAGUGCAGUUCUCUUGAUUUUGUUCAACAAAGCAGUCCUUUCCUCUUACAGCUUUCCAUAUGCAAAUGUGAUCACACUUUUUCAGAUGCUAUGUUCAUGUGCAUUUCUCUAUGCCAUGAAACGCUGGAAGAUCAUCUCUUUCACAGAGGGGGAGCCACAGAGCAUUACUGGUAACCCAGUAACCUUAGUACCAUUGAAUACACUGUUUCAUACCCUCCCUCUGGCAGUUUCAUAUUUGCUAUAUAUGUUAAUCACCAUGGAAUCUGUCCGUGGCAUAAAUGUUCCUAUGUACACCACCCUAAGGCGGACUACUGUGGCUUUUACCAUGAUUAUGGAGUAUCUUUUGACAGGGAGGAAACACUCAUCAUAUGUUGUUGGCAGUGUGGGGAUAAUUAUACUUGGUGCGUUUGUUGCUGGAGCUCGUGACUUGUCAUUUGAUGCCUAUAGCUAUUCCAUUGUAUUUAUAGCAAACAUCUGCACAGCAGUAUAUCUUGCUUCCAUUGCUCGUAUUGGUAAGUCCAGUGGCCUCAAUAGCUUUGGCCUUAUGUGGUGCAAUGGAAUAAUAUGUGCACCAAUCUUGUUGUUUUGGACAUCAUUCAGUGGCGACCUUGAAGCGAUGAUGAGCUUCCCUUAUCUAUAUUCGAAAGGAUUCCAGGUUGUGAUGUUUCUUUCUUGUAUCAUGGCUUUCCUGAUAAAUUAUUUUGUAUUCUUGAAUACAACACUCAAUUCAGCUCUGACGCAGACAAUAUGUGGCAAUUUGAAGGAUCUUUUUACUAUUGGACUGGGAUGGCUACUGUUUGGCGGGCUUCCAUUUGAUUUGAUGAAUGUUGUUGGCCAAUCCCUAGGGUUUUUGGGGUCAGGUUUGUAUGCGUACUGUAAAAUCAGAGGGAAAUAAACCCAUGGCCGCUGCUUGAGAGCCUUAUACUGGAGCUAAGUUGCUCCACUUUGACUCGGAGGUCACAGUUUCAAGGCAUGGUAACAGCUUCUUUGCACAACAAGGAUAAGGUGCAUACAUCUGACCCUUCCCAAACCCCACAAUGCGAGAGCCUCGUGCAUUGGGCUACCCUUUAGCAUGUGUCUAUCUCAUCACGGCUGUUCGGUGUGGCCAUGAACCAUAUAUAAACAUGGCAAUUGCGCUUGAUUUCGAUUCUUCUGCUACACAUGUCUAAUCUGAUAAAUAACAGUAGAACCAAGAAUGUUCCGAAUAAAUAAGAAUACGGGCAUAUAUAUAGAUAUCAGAAAAGGUGUUUGCGUGUUUAUAACUUUCCAGGGACAACACCUGAUGCCUGAUUACUUCAGUUUUGUUCGUUUGCAAGAUUACUUCCUAGAGAUUAAGCUUGGACACAAUUCAUUUUCAUUAACAUCAAACGAUUACAAAUCUCUUUUCAUGUGUUGCAACAGUGACC